ACGAACGCUGCUCAUGGUGACGCGCAUGCGCCCUCGCGACACCCUAGCGCCAGCUGCCACGCUGUUGCUAGGCAACAGAGUAAUCAGAGUAGCCAGGGACACGGCUCUGUUUCGCGACAAUGCUGAAGGGCCACGGUUCCAGAGCUGACAGAAGGAAGCAGGCCGUGAUGGCUGGAGCACUUCAGGAUCACAUCAUCCGGAGCCUUCCAUCAUCACCUUCCACACAUCUUGCACACACACACCAUUAUGGUGAUGAUGAUGAUGACGAUGAGCAAGAGUUUGUGCUGGACUCACGUCAGCCUCCGCUCACACUCGCUCAGAAGCUGGGAUUAGUAGCAGCUCCCAUCAGCAGCAGAAGGCUUAGUGAAGACGAGUGGAUGGAGGUGAAAUCUCGCUCUCUGCUGAACGGAGACUCCACGCAUCCCUGCAUCAUCUGCACAGAGGAGUUCCGCCUCCAGCCGCAGGUUUUGCUUUCCUGUUCUCACAUCUUUCACAAAGCAUGUUUGAGGAAGUUGGAGCACUUUUCGGGAAGGAAGUGUUGUCCGCUGUGCAGGACGGAGCACUAUGAGACCCGAGUGAUACUCGACAGUGCGAGACUCUACAGAGAGACAUGUGCUCUCAGGAUUCAGGCCUGGUGGCGUGGCUGUGUCACCCGAAAGUGGUACCGAGGCAUAAGGAAAGUCGUAGCACCGAAUGAUCCACAAUUACGACGCAGGUUCUUUGAGGAGAAGUUUCAGGAGAUGACUGAGAGUCUGGUGCAGUCGUGCCGCAGCGACGUUGACUCGUUCCUACGUGACCUCGACUGCAGCGUCGCCCAGAGCCGAGACAUCUUCCACCUGUUCGAUCUUCUACACGGCAGCAGCAGAGGAGUGCAGGAGGAGGUGUGGAUGAAGGUGCAGGAGAAGGCGGUCCAGCGGGACACUCACAACUGUCCGAUCUGUCUCACUCCUCUGAGAAGCACACACUCAUGCACUCCGCUCGUCCUGCUCUCCUGCUCACAUCUGUUCCAUCAGUCGUGCCUCAGGGCAUCUGAGCACUUCUGCCAGGAGGGCGGCGCCACCUGCCCACUCUGCCGCUGUCACUACAUCUCACUUCCUGUUUAUGACCUCGCCCAAUAACAUACCAUAUAAGGUAUGACACUGACCACAAGCUAGCGAGUUAAAUCGGGCUUUUAUAUAUAUAUAUAUAUAUAUAUAUAUAUAUAUAUAUAUAUAUAUAUAUAUAUAUAUAUAUAUAUAUAUAUAAUCCGAUAUAACACACAGGAACCAGUCAUCACAGGGUAAAUCAAUAUUAAUUUUAUAUUGACGUCUAAUUUAGCAGAAUGAUGUCACCCGAUACAAUCUGAUUUACCAGAACAACUCAUCAGACAUCAGGAAUUUGAUCCCUCAAAGGAAAUCACUGUGAGAUUUGAUUCAUUAGAAGAGAUCCGAUCAGGUCAGCCAACGUGAAUCCAAUGGUUGUGAAGAAUCAAUUACCAGUCUAAUGAUUCGUUCUACUGAAUCAGACUAGUAUUUGAUUCACCAGGACUAGAAUGAACUCUUUACUAAAUUAAUCAUUAGAACAAGUUAUGAUUCAGUUUAUAUAUUCAAAUACCAGGGAGUUGGUGGUUUCUGGUGAAUCAAAUAACAGUGCCAUGAUUCUAUUAUUUGCUGCACGCCAUUCGAUUCACCAGAAGCACUCAAUUUUCUAGUGAAUCGAUCACAUUGGUAUUCGACUCACCAGAAUCAAUCAGCUCAGGUUGUAAUUAGUCACCUGCAAAGUUUUGACUCAGUUUUGUAACCUGACCUAACGAUAUGAUAUAUUGGUUUUGAUGAGUCAAAUGGCAGGCUGAUUAUUUGUAACGAAUCAAAUAGAAAAUUCAUCACACCGAUUCUUCAUAAAUCAUGAAUCAUCACAAUCAGAACAAAACACAGGUAAAUUGACCAAACCGAUUCAACACGUUGCCAUACGAUUCAUUAAAUCGUAUGGCAACGUGUAAAUCGUAUAAAACGUUUAUAGAUGUAUUAAUAAAGGAUAAAGGAUUUGCAUUGAAAAAGAACCUUUUAUUCCCAACACACUGACCCGGACGUGUGACGACAGACAAGAAAACAAAACAAAAGCAAUUUGGCUGCUUGGAAUGGAAUAAAAAAUUAAACUGCUGUUUUCACAGUAUAACAUUCACACCUUCGACUAGUUCAUUUAUAUCUGUGGUCCAGAGGAUGUCGAGGAAAACAAACAAACAAACAAGACAUUUGAUAAUCUGCAUAUUAUACAAUGACUUUGUACAAAACACAUUUGCAUACUUUACUUAACAAAAAAACAACAAUUGUCCUUCAGACACACAGUACAUUCAAAUGUAAGACGUGACGAGUCGGCUUAUUUAUUUAUUGACUGAGAUUUAACAAAUGACCUUUUCACAGGUUGUAAAAUCAGUGUCCCUCAUGUGAGAUCUGUUUAAAAAGCUCGAAUCUCAUUUGAACACCAUUUAAAACACACGGAUGUUUCAUGUCAUCACUGGCAUUGUAAACUGGCCCUUUAUUGUUUGUUUUAAGACGGUCACAUGAGCUGUCACAGUGAAUCUGUCUAUUAAAAGGUGCUCGCAGACGCAGCCGUCCAACGUUCACGCUCGCCGGUGUGCCAGGCACGUACCGACGAUCAGAGUCACGACACGCACUUUACUACCUGAUUCGUUCAAGUAAAUCAUCGUCAGCUCACUGGAAUCACUGAGCCGAGUCAAUUAGAAUGUUGUGACUCAUUUCAUUCACCACAACCAAUCGAUACGCCGGUACUUAAUUCGCCAAAGUAAAUCAACACUUGUUCUAACGAAUCAAACAGUAUCGUUGCAUUUAUUUAGUCAGGAUGAAUCAAAUACCGGUCUAACGAAUAAAAUUCAAAUAUGACACGGUCACCAAAUUGAAUCGUCACUUCUUGUAAUGAAUCAAAUAGUAAAGAGUUGGUUUUUUUUUUUUUUGUUUUUUUUUUUAAACGGAGUAUCGUGUGUCACUUUGGUUCUCGUGAAUCAGAUCCCAGAGUGGUGAUUUUGUUCAAACGAAU